GCAAGAUCAUCGCCAAUAUUCGCGGAACCGUGAGCGAGAUAGCGUAUACUGGUGCGGUUUGUAUGUGCAGCAGCAGCUUUCAUCGAUUGCCGUGAAACACAACGGAGAAAACUGAUUACUUGUCAUCAUCAGUGUCCACUUGAGGAGAAGUUACAUUCGAUUCCUCUCAGGGACUAAAUGUAACGGAUUAGGUGACUAAGUGAAAGUGUCAAGAAAUUAUCCGGUCGCUGGUCGAAGCUUGAAUCCCAUUGCUAUCCCGUCGUCGUCUUCAAACUUCUCGCCAGCCUAACUACUAUUUUCACCCUCUUUCAUAUCAGCGCAAGAAGGAAGAAUGUCUUUCGCGGAGCGAUUGGCCGGAUUGAUGGCUCGGCCCGGCCAGGAUAAUGUGCCCCGAGAUGAUGUACCAUGGCAUCUGAAAUACGGCGGACGAGCCGUGGGAAUAGUGGGAGGAUUCUUUGCCGUUCUCUUCGGACUAUACAACUGUCUUGGAAUCCUGCUCGGUAGCAUUAGCUGCCUAGUAGGUGGAAUUCUCGAGAUUCUGGCCGGUUUCGUGGUAUUAGCAAUAGAAGCGCCAUGUUGCUUCAUGUUUGUGGACUUCGUCCAACAAGUGGCAGAGAAGGCCGAUGAACGGCCGUAUUGGUAUCGGGCUGCCUUCUAUUGCGUCAUCGCGAUUCCACCCGUGAUUCUGUGCUUUGGAUUGGGCAGUUUGUUUGGCUGUGGUCUCAUCUUCUGCACAGGAAUGAUCUAUGGAAUGAUGGCCCUCGGUAAAAAAGCGUCAUUCGCGGAAAUGCGAGCGGCGGCGGCAGCGGCAACAGCGGCCUCGUCCACUGAACAGGGUCGAAGUGGGGGCAGCGGUUUGGCCCCGUCUCAAGGUGGCAGCGCACCUAACAGCAAGCAGAGCACGACCCUGGUGAACAACGUGCAGCCGAUCGCGUACAGCAUGCCACCACCGUACGAUAGUGUAGCCUAAGACGAAAGAUUUCACCAGAAUAUCUAGGAUAUAUGCCCAGAACAACGCUCCCCCCAUCCGCGUCCUUCCUCCCAGCAUAAUUUUUAGUGCUCUAGCAAGUAACGAAUAUCAAUAUUUAUAUAUAUCUUCAAGUGUUGUCUCCUCCGUCGAGUAGGAGUUAUCUGGCCAAUUUUAUUUUUUACUUUCGGUUUUUAAGAUGAUUAUGCGAUGUUUCGUCACAACUAUUAAAGACACAAAGUUUACGGAUGAAAAAAGUAAAAUUACUUACUGAUAGCCUAAAUGGAGUGACUAGACUCACGGAGAAGAACAAAACAUAAGUUUACUGUUGUGAAAUAUAUCAAAUUUAGUUAGCUGAACCGUAUUUAUUGCACUUGAUUUUACAGUCGUCCGAGCGAUAAUGGAAGGCGUGUUGGGUUGGAUAAACUUGAGCAAGUUCCAGCAAUUCAAAUACACCAACCGAAUACGCCCGAUUAAUUGUUAUUCGGAAAUAUCUUUGGGAUAUGCAAAUGAUAAAACGAAUGUACCUUUGUUACGCUCGUAAUCAAAGCGAUGGAGAAGCAGUAGAGAUUUAUCCCGGCACUAUUGCAAUAAGUAUCAUCUACAUUAUAUUGAAACCAAGACUGGAAACGAAAAAAAAGUCAAAGUAAACAAAUUAACUUAAAACGGAUCGCUUGUUUUAAUGAUUAUAUUUUUAUGUUAAUGUUUUCUACAUUCCAAAGUUAUCGUUAUUAUUCUUAUUCUUCUUCUUUUCGAAAUUGGAACUGAUUAUUUGGGAUUUGUUUCCUUUCGUUUUGUCGUUCCGAUUCGCUUUCAAUUACAUCAAAACCGAGAUUCAUUUCCAAACACGGGGGAUAUUACACAUCAUUAGCUAGAGUUGUUUAUAUAAAAAAAAAAUGUUUGUCCAUAGAUGAAACGAAAUUCGUUGAAGAAUGAAAACGCCAAAUAGAAGGUGUGCUCCAGUUAUCUUUGAUCAUAGGCCAACAACAACCAAAAAAACAAUAUCAAUUUGUCGACAUUUGAUGAUUAGUCACAAAUCAAUCCAACCGAGUGGGAUCUCGUUUUAUCACCUACCAUAGUCACCAACCAAACGAAACUCCAAGCCAACCAGUUAGUUAAUGUUGUGUAACAGAAGCAUGAACAAGAAAAGGUAAACCAUGUUGCAAGACGAGAAACAAUGGUAGUGGAUAGGUUACAAGCGCACGAUAGAACAAGUAAUAAGUUGUUCCCCCAUCUGGCUAUCAGAACACGAAUAAUCGGAAGCAAAUGAAAACAAAACGAACUCAAACUACAAGCAAAUAAAAAAUGAAAGUCUAAAGCAAAACAAAUGUAAAAAUAGAAGACGAUUAAAUCAUUGCAUUAUAUACAUAUGUGUGUGUAAAGUUCAAUAAGUGAAGCAAACAAAAAAAACAAACAUAGAGAAUCAUGGAAAAGCAAAGCAAACGGCAGAAUAAAUCAUUAUGUAAAGAUAUUAUAUUUACAUAAUAUA